AUGUUCUUGAAUUCUCCACUCCUCUUAACCACAAAGCACCAACUUACCGAGAUGAAGACCCGAGAAGAACUAGGCGAAUUCGCUCAAAUCUUUAAUGCUUUGAUGACUCUGAUGAGGAGAUUCAUUUUCAGAGUUCUAAACGUCGGUCCAGUCCCUAAUCACAUCUCAUUCAUCAUGGAUGGAAACCGCAGAUUCGCCAAGAAACACAAUCUCGAAGGCAGAGACGCAGGUCACAGAGCCGGUUUCGUUUCGGUGACAUAUCUUCUUCAGUACUGCAAAGAGAUUGGUGUACCGUACGUCACACUCUACGCGUUUGGUGCCGACAAUUUCAGGAGAGGACCUGAAGAAGUCAAGUGUUUGAUGGAUCUGAUGCUGGAGAAAGUUGAGCUCACGAUUGAUCAAGCUAACUCCGGGACUCUAAAUGGCGUGAGAGUGAUCUUCGCCGGCGAUCUGAAUUCUUUAAAUGAGCGUUUUCGAGUUGCGGCGCAGAAACUGAUGGAAAUUACGGAGAAGAAUAGAGGUUUAAUGGUUGUGGUUUGUGUUGCGUACAGCACAAGUCAAGAGAUUGUUCACGCUGUACGAGAAUCUUGUGUGAAAAAGUGCGAUGAUGGAGAUGGUCCUGUAUUUUUGGAGGUGAACGACAUUGAAGAGUGUAUGUAUACAUCGAUCGCCGUUCCAGAUCCGGAUCUUGUGAUAAGAACCGGAGGAAUAGACCGGCUGAGUAACUUCAUGGCGUGGCAGACUUCAAGGUCACUCCUUCAUACCACGGCGGCUCUUUGGCCGGAGUUACGGCUCUGGGAUUUGGUUUGGGCCAUUCUUAAAUUCCAGAGGAUGCAAGAUUACUUUCAGAAGAAGAAAAAGUUCGACUAA